AUGGCGCCUAAGAAGUCGAAGGAGAACAGAAUACCAAAUAAGUCCAGCAAGAGUCAAACCUCGAACAUGUCCAAGCAGACCCACCCACCCCGUGACCCAAAGACAGGCCCCCCUCCCAACGAUCACAAACCUGAAGGUAUCACCAACGACGGAGACGUUCCGCAUCUGGACUGGAUCCAACACGGUCGAAGGUCUUACAACUAUCUCGCACCUAUCAGUUCCAAACAAGCGGCGACGUUCAAGCAGUCCGAGAAGGCUCUCGCCAUUGAACAUGCGAAGCGACCACGGUCACCAGGAGAAAUCAAAGCGCAUCAGAACAAGCAAUUGCUAUAUCUUUGGACUGAACGACGACCUUUCGACUGCGAGUCAUACUCAAUGCACCAGUUCACCGAUGGUCUACUUGCGGCUCUAAUGAGCCACAGGGCCAACUCUGAUCUACUGGACGACGACGCAACGUAUAUGUCGGAAGUAGACUGCGCCAAUGGACAACAAGCAAAUUUCACUUUUAAGGUCGAGCAGUGGGAUGUGCUCUAUCCUGAUGGCGAAGACGAAGAGGCAAGUCAUGCUACAGAGAAAGCGCGUUUCCAGAAGAUUGUUCGCUCAUUCGACGUCGUUCUUGCUACUCUCGUGGCAGCGUCCGAUACCUUCAAAGCCUUCAUUGAGCCGUCGGUAGAGGGAGGCUCUAUCACUUGCACAGAUGUUGAUCCGCUCAGCAUGGAGCUGUGGCUCAAAUGGAUGCACGGCGGCGAGUUUGAGCGUUCUGACACUCGCAGGUGCACGGUUCUCGACAUCUGGAUGGUCAUCGAAACCGCCCGCCGAUGGGACCUCCCCAUUCAAGGUAUUGUCCCGCCACACGCCAGCACCAAGUUCCGAGGCAUUACUGCUGCUCAAACAUGGUUCAGGCACUGGACUGAUUCCCGCUUGGACGUCAAGACGGUGGAGAACAAGUGCACACUGGCGUACGAGGAUGCCCAGGCUCUCAUGUACCCAUGUUAUGCUCUGGACUUCCAGGACAAAUUCAUGUUCGUCACGAGGUGGCUGGUCUUCAACACUCCAGCAGACGUACCAAUCACGGAGGCACCGCCAUCAGGCUACUACGGAGAGGAUUAUACGCUCGACCCUCGCAUCCUAGCGUUCCUAAACACCGUCAAGGAUCUCUUGCUCGAAUUCGUUGACGCGCAACUGUACGCUCCAUUGCGAGAGUUCGCUGCCUCACCCGUCGCGAAAUUUCGCACUGUCCACGAGGUACUUCAACAAGGUCUGACUGACGUCGGGGCGUACCCUCUCGGCGAAACGACUGUCUGGCAUCUCACCCAGAGGCUCAAAGAGUACAAGAAUCCGGACGUCUCAAGUCUCUCGGAGGUACCAUGGAAUGUACCUCAUCUUCCGGCCGCUGUGCAUGACGCCGCGGGGCGUUUCGAGAAAGCCUUCAGUGGGCUCUGUCUCGACUGCAUGGCCGCUUCUGACCCGGAGACCGACGUCGAUCCGGAGCUUCACUGGCGUUAUCGGAAUGCCAAGGGCGACGUGGUCAUCGGGUGUCGGUCGAAGCACGAUUUCAUAUCAUGGUUUAAUAGUUAUCUUGGUCCUGAGAAGAGGCGGAAGUCCACCUGA